AUGAAAUGGAUUCGGAAAGCGCCGUUGUCCGUCCUCUGGUCUGGGGACAAGGCCCCGCAUCGCGAAGCCUCUUUCAAGCAGCGCCUCCGGUCUUUCAUCAAAGGACCGUUUGACCUCAUUAUAGGUGGCAUUGUCAUACUAAACAUCUCCUUCAUGAUCAUGCUUACUGAAUGGAAUGGCUCUGUGAUCGACCAGUCCUUGGGUCUCUCAGAGCCUUCCUUGAGCUGGUUCUCAGCGGAUUUCUUCUCCGUUACCGAAUACGUCUUUUUCGUGAUCUUUUUUGUGGAUGUUUUGGUGAAGGUCGCCGUACUCCAGCGCGAGUGGUACUACUCUUCGCGUGAAGGUAUCAUGUACCUGAACCUCUUCGACGCUGCGCUAGUCAUCACCAAUUUUGUUGAGCUGAUUUUGCUGCCGGCUAUCCUACAGGAAGGGGCUCAGGAGCUUCGAAUUAAUCAUGUUCGCGUCAUAAAGCUGUUGCGGAUGGGCCGGACGCUCCGGAUUGUUAAGACAUUGUCUAUAUUUUUGCCUCUACGGGUGCUGGUCGGCACUUGUGUCGCAAGCUUGGGAGCUUUCUUUUGGUCUAUCAUUCUCUUGCUUGUCUUGAAGAUCACGUUUGCGCUGAUUGUUAGCCAGUCUCUGCAGUCAUGGAUACUUGAUGAGUCCAAUGAUGUACAAGCUCGCCUGGAAAUCCACGCGCUGUAUGGCAGCUUUCUCAAGGCAACCUACACCAUGUUCGAGAUUACCUAUUCGGGAGGGUGGCCUACAAUGGUGCGCCCAGUCCUGGAUAAAGUAGAUGGAUGGUAUGCCGCGGCAUUCCUUCCCUAUGUGACUCUGGUGGUUUUUGCAGUCCUUCGAAUAGUCACCGCUCUUUUUCUCAAAGAGACUUUGGCAAGUGCUGCGCAAGAUGCAGAGAUCGUGAUCGAAGAGACCCGGCGAACAGCCAUCAAGUAUCAGGAAAAGAAAUUCAUCGGAUUGUCUCCAGAGACAAACGACCAGUUCCAGUUCUUUCCUAGGGGCCGCAGUGAAGACAGUCAUGUCGCUUCGGCAAUUGCAGCUUUUGCAGGUGUGUUCAAUCUUGACGGCGGGAUGCCCGUGCCCGGCCAUGCAGAGAAGCUGCCACCGCCUCAGAGUCACCUGGAAACUUGGCUGUUGGCCGCCCUGGAUUUCAAGUUCGCGCAGCAAGAAGCGGUUUUGCGCGGCCUGAUUGGACGGAACAGCAACGGUAUUCUCUUUCCGCUGGCAAGCUUCGACUCUGAGGGUUUUGACAGCAGAAAUGUCCUCGAAAGCAGGACAGCUCAAGCAUCUCUGCAAAUUCACGCAGAUUUCCUAACGGAAGAUGAUGAUCUUAGCAUCUCACCCGGGGUUAAGAGCCAGUUGUCAUCGGAGACCUCGGACGCCAAAAGCCACAAGUUUGGGAAGGCCCUCAACACUCUGGGAGCACAGGUGAUGCAUGAAAAGUUUGCCCCAGAGCCACCUUUGAAGGCCUUCGUAAAGGGCCAGGCGGAUAUCCUCAUUGGCAUGGUUGUCAUCAUCAACGUUUGUUUCAUGAUUGUCCAUGCCCAGUGGAUUGGGACCUUCGCUGAUGAAAGCGUGGGAUUAGGGGACCAGCCCUGGCAGGGUGUCACGCAGGAGUUCUUUGACAUUUCCGAGUAUAUCUUCUUCGCCUUGUACGUGUUGGAUGUUGGAAUGCGUAUCCUUGUGCUGCGCAAAGAGUGGUGGUACGACCCGCUCAGGGGACGAAUGUAUUUGAACGUGUUCGACGCAGUCCUUGUCUCCAUCAAUUUCCUUGAGCUGUUGAUUAUUCCCGCUAUUGUGGGUGAUGGAAGCCAGCUCAGCGCCAAUCAGAUCCGACUCAUCAAGCUUUCACGCGUGGCACGAACUCUACGAGUCAUUAAGUCAUUGUCGCUUUUCAGGCAGCUGCGACAUCUUGUGGGAACAUGUAUUGCGAGUGUGGGUGCUAUGUUUUGGUCCAUUGUCUUGCUGGUGCUGUGCCAGCUCACGUUCGCCUUGAUGGCCUGCCAGGCACUUCAGCCUUUCAUCAUGAAUGAUCAGGCAGACCUUGAGACUCGUUUAUUGAUCAACAACUGGUAUGGCAGCUUCUUCAAGGCCAUGUACACCAUGUUUGAGAUAACCCUGUCCGGGGGAUGGCCGCUGCUUGUACGACCGGUUGUGGAGCAGGUAGAUGCGUGGUAUGCGGCACUGUUCCUACCAUAUGUGGCUGUGGUGGUGUUUGCUGUUUUGCGAAUCGUGACUGCGCUUUUCAUCAAAGAGACCUUGCAGACUGCCUCGAAUGAUGCCGAGAUGGUGAUGGAAGAGAACAGAUCAAGUUCUUUAAGGUAUCAAAAGCGGUUGGAGCAACUUUUCCAGUUGGUGGACGAUGAUGGUAAUGGACAGUUGACAUUGGAAGAAUUCCGCACGGCCGUCAAUAUGCCAAGCGUGGCGAAUUACUUGAAGUACAUGGAUGUGACGAUUCGGGAGUGCGAGCCGUUGUUUGAAAUCCUUGCCGAGGGCGAUGGCCUCAUCACCAUAGCUGUCAGUAAGGCGCAUGAUGGACUAGAUGCCCGUGCCUACUUCGGAGAAGCAGGACAAGGCCCUGAAUCCCUUCGGGCCCUUGGUUUCCUCACCUUCUUCAGUGCACGAGUGGAGAAGGGUCCCGAAGAUUCAGCCACCACCGCUGAUCUGGCUGAACGUAAGACUCGGCGCCUCCACACAGGCCGAACCUUCCAAAAUCUUGGCGCACAGGUGAUGAGAGAAACGUGGGAACCGGAUCCACCUCUGAAGGCAUUUGUCAAAGGCCCUUUGGAUUUGUAUGCUGGAGUCGUGGUCAUCAUUAAUGUGGCUAUGAUGAUAUGGCAUACGCAGUGGACAGGAUCACUUGCUGACAUGAGUGUGGGAAUACAGGCUGAAGGCCCAAGCUGGAUUCGGCAAGAGAUGUUCGACAUCUCCGAGUACGUGUUUUUCUCCCUGUACAUCUUGGAUCUUACGCUGCGAGUGGCGGUGCUACGCAGCGAAUGGUGGUUCGAUCCUCAUCGUGGCAGGAUGUAUCUUAACGCGUUUGAUGCCAUUUUGGUAUCUGUCAAUUUCUUUGAGCUGAUCUUGUUUCCAGCCAUUACAAGCUCAUGGGAGGGAGAUCUUAAUCCGAACCACAUACGUAUGAUGAAGCUGCUGCGCGUAGCCCGAUCCCUCCGGAUAUUCAAAACAGUAUCGAUGUUUCGCCACUUGCGAAACCUUGUUUCGUGCUGUGUGGCGAGCUUCUUUGCGCUGAUCUGGUCUGUCAUCCUCUUGCUGAUGUGCAAGCUGACAUUUGCGCUGAUCAUCUGCCAGGCUCUUCAAGGCGUAAUUAUGGAUGAGGAGACAGACAUGGACGUCCGCGUGCAGAUGAACAACCUGUAUGGCAGCUUUCUGAAAUCAAUGUACACGAUGUUCGAGAUAACCCUAUCCGGGGGUUGGCCAUUGCUAGUCAGGCCAGUUCUCGAGAGGGUCAGUCUGUGGUAUGCUGGACUUUUCCUACCAUAUGUGACCUUCGUGGUUUUUGCUAUCCUGAGAAUAGUGACCGCCCUUUUCAUCAAAGAAACAUUGCAAAGCGCAGAGAAUGAUGCGGAAAUGAUGAUGGAAGAUUCAAGGUCAACCUCCCAAAGAUACCAGCGGAGACUGGAAGAACUCUUCCGUUUGGUGGACGAUGAUGGCGAUGGCCACCUGACACUCGAGGAGUUUCGGUCAGCCUGCAGUCUGCCAAGUGUAGAACAGUACAUGGGCUACCUAGAUGUCACCCUGCGAGACUGCGAGCCGCUGUUCGAAAUCCUGGCUGAAGGAGACGGCCUAAUCACUAUCACAGAGUUCUGCAAAGGUGUUAUGCAGUUGAAAGGCUUGGCCAAAGCUAUUGACAUCGUCAUGCUCAAGCAUGAGAAUGAAAAGAAGGGACAUGACAGCGGAAACGCCUACGCCCUUGGGGAUUAUCCAGGGUUGGUGAUCUCUUCUAAUUUGGCCACAUACCUGAAGCCCUUUUCUGAAAACUUGGCUGAGUCCCCAGCCCGGAUGGCCCCGAAGAAGGGCAAAAAGGACGCCGGCGCGGAGGAGGAGCCAGUGGAGAUUCCCGUGGCAUCCCCCGAGCCAGCAGAAGAGGUCGCGAAGCCGCGGAAAGCUUGGUUCUAUGGCAUCAACAACCAUGUGGAGCAGCUGGCUCCAGAGGUAGUGCAGGCCUACAAGGGCACUGGCAGCUUGCGUCAGGACUUCGCUGGCUUGUGCGAUGCCCUGGGCAUCGUGGGCCACCAUGCCUUGAUGCCGGAGAAGGAUGUGGAAUCCCCACGGGAGGCAGGCCCUCCGCCGGUGCUAACACUGCAAAGCUAUUUGCUGGAUCGGGCCUCAAUGAUGGUGUUGAAGGUGGUUCUGCCCACCUCACUGCAUUUGGACACACUGCGCCUGUGCGGCUGCAGUAUGGAUAUCGAGCUGUUGCAGCUAUUGCGUGAAGCCUUGACUUCAGACACUUCAGUGCGAAGCCUACAGCUGGAGUGGAAUCGCGUUGAGUUAGCGCUGGACGAUAAAGCCCGCACAUCGCUGAACGAGGCACACCACUGGUCGGAAAUCGACGAGGCUGAAAAGAGCUUAUCCAGUUUGCGGACACAGCGAUCCUUGAUAAAGUUCAGGGAGGAACUGGAGUUCCGGCAAGGCGGAGAUGUGAAGACCGCCAUCCAGAGGCUAGCAGAGCACGCGGUCAAAGGACACCCUGCGACCUCCGCUCUUUGGCCGCUGGACAUUAACUCCUGGGUGUCUACAUUCUACGAGGUUUUUCAGAUGGAUGUGUUGGAUUGCGAGCCCGUAUUCAACAUGUUGGAUUCGGACUAUGGCGAUGGCGAUGGAUUGGUUUGCCUGUCAAGGUUACAGGAGGUCUUGGAUGGGCUUCCUGUCGAAGAAUUCGCCACUGAAGACAGGCUCUUGCCUCCUGCUCAGUGCCCGGAGUUCUCAGAUGAGAUUGGCUCAGCUUUUGCGGCUUUCAUGGAUCGAACCAGCCCGUUGGAGGUCAUUUCCUUCAGGUGUUGCAACCUCGCGCGCCUGGAGAUCCAGGCAAUUAGCUCUUGCUUGGCAAGUCCAUCGCCGCACUUGCGCGCGCUUAACCUUUGGGGCAACAAAGUUUGCGACCGAGGAGCCCAGGCUCUCGCACAGGCGCUGGAGUUCAACUUUGGAUUGCAAUUUCUUGGGCUCGGUCGCAACUUCGUCACUCAUGAAGGCCUUAGGGCCUUGUGCAGUGUGCUGGGCAGUCGGCGCCUAGAUGAAAAGGCUGCUGCAGAGAAGGUCAUGAAGUACCUGAAGGACCAGCAGAAGGAGGUAGAGAAGAAGCGAAAGGCUUUCGGAGCACCUCCAAAGGACGGCAAUGGUCGUGAGCGGUAUUGGCCUGAGCCUCACCUGGACACCUGUGAGGAGUUGAAGGACGACUUAGGUACACAAUACUGGAUUUGGACUCGGAACACCAUAAUCAAGACGGUGAACGUGGAGCAGAAUCCCAUACGCGACGUGGACGCUGUGGAAAGCCUCCAGCCCUGGGGUACUGGAGCUCUGAUACUGCGUUCCACUCCAUGCGCGCCGGCGCUCCUGGAGAGGCAGAAGCAAAAGGCCAAAGAGCAGGAGCAGCUUCAGAAAGAGAUGGAGAGAGGUGAAGAUGCCGUGGGAGGUCAAGAUGAGAAAUCCAGCAAAGGAUGGAAGUUGAUUCUGAGCUGA